AGGGUUUGUCCACCACUGGUGAGGCAACAUGGCUGAUAAACAAUCUGUGGAUUCAUGCAGGGACUUGAGCUUUGAGAAGCAAAGUUGUGGAUUUCUGAUGAAGAUCAAGAAAUUCAUGCCGAUGGAAGUUUUCACCUGGCAGCUGGCCCAGACCCUGGCCAUGGGUCAGGGGCUGGCGGCUCUGAUCUGUGCCACGGCGGUCUCCUCUCAGUACCUGGUGUCAGACUUCCAUGUGAACACGCCGAUGCUGCAGAGCCUCCUGAACUACCUGCUGCUGUGCGUCACCUACACCACCAUGCUGCUCUGCAGAACAGGGGAUGGUAAUAUUUUACAGAUCCUCAGGAGAAGAUGGUGGAAAUACUUGCUGCUGGGGCUGGUGGAUGUGGAGGCCAACUACACUGUGGUCAAAGCGUACCAGUACACCACUCUGACCAGUGUGCAGCUGCUCGACUGCUUUGUGAUCCCGGUCCUAAUGCUUCUGUCCUGGUGGGUUCUGAAGACCCGGUACAGGAUGGUCCACUACGUUGCAGUCUGUGUUUGUCUCCUUGGAGUGGGGGCCAUGGUGGGAGCCGACCUCCUGGCUGGAAGAGACCAGGGCUCCGCCUCCAACAUGCUGUUAGGUGACGGUUUGGUGCUGCUCAGUGCCACACUGUAUGCCGUGUCCAACGUGUCUCAGGAGUACACGGUGAAGAAACUGAGCAGAGUGGAGUUCCUGGGGAUGGUGGGCCUGUUCGGCACCAUCAUCAGCACCGUACAGAUGGUGAUCCUGGAACGAAGCGAGGUUUCCAACAUAAAGUGGAGCUGGCAAGUUGGGCUCCUGUUCUCUGCGUACGCUCUCUGCAUGUUUGCUUUGUACAGCUGGAUGCCUGUCGUGAUGAAACUGAGCAGUGCCGCCUCCGUCAACCUGUCGCUGCUCACCGCCGACCUCUUCAGCCUCUUCUUCGGGAUCUUCCUCUUCCACUACAACUUCUCUGGACUCUACGUGGUCUCCCUGGUGGUCAUCCUCAUUGGCUUCAUCACCUUCAACGCUGUCCCAACACCUACUAACCCCACAGACACCUCCUCUUCUUCCUCACUCUCUGAGGAAGGCUACUAUGACAACACUGUGGCCACUGACAGUGGCUUCACCCAAAGGGAAGUGGCUGGUAUAAUCCCAGCUGAGGUGAAGGGAGAGGAGGAUGAAGAGGAGCUUCACCAAGCAUGCUGGGAGGAAAAAAAGAGGAAAACGAGCACUUUGGGGUCAUCGCAGAGUGUUCGUGAUGAAGAACCAGUUGUUGAACAUAGCACCAAACUGUGACCCACAGCAUGUUAAAGAGCUAAAAGUAUUGUUGAACCUUUAUUGACUUGUUACACAAA